AUGUUUACAUGGGGUGCAAAUAGCCAUGGUCAGCUGGGCACAGGAGAUGAUAAAGAUGUUUAUGAGCCGCAGAUAAUAAACUUCAGUGAUCCUGUUACCUUACUCGCUGGCGGUGGUGGUCACUCUCUGAUUGUUAAUGAUAAUAUGAUAAUGACUUCUGGAUCAAGUUCCUCUGAUCAGAUGGGUCGUUCAGAUAACUGUUAUUUCUUCAAACCCACCUCGUUUUCCUUUAGACUAACUGUAAAGCUAUUGACAUGCGGCUGGGAUUUUUCUGUUGCAGUACUUGAUGACGGGUCUGUUUUCACUUGGGGUUCAAAUGCAUAUGGACAGCUGAGUAGAGAGGGCAUCAAAUCAAGCACAGCUCCUAUUCGUGUUGACAUAGAACCUGUUCGGUCAAUCUCUGCUGGUUUGAGGCACGUCAUUUGUGUCACAGUCUCUGGAAAAGUGAUGGGUUGGGGUUCCAAUCGCCGUAAACAAUUAUUCCCUGACAAAACGUUAGUUAAAACAGACCAACACAUUGGUUCUUCGGAGAUAUACUACCAUCCCAUUCUUCUCAACUCUGUUUUAGGAGAUGAAAAUGAUUUCGUUGACUGUGCUGCUGGUGCAUAUCAUUCUAUGGUAAAAACUAAAACAAACUGCUUGGCUCUAUGGGGGUAUAUUCGUUUUUUCCAGUUGAGAUCAAGAGUACGAAACUAUUCUUCAAAUAUUAAAAUGGUAAAUUCAUCCAUUAUAUGGUAUGAUUCUGAAUUAUUUGAUGGCGGUGAAAUAGAACAAUUGGUUUGUGGGUGGAGUCACGUUCUUGCUAGAACGAGUGUUGGAGAUGUUUAUUCGUGGGGUCGAUCAGAUUUUGGACAGCUUGGACGUAUUGUUGAAGUACCAAAGGUAGACGAAAGUUCUGCUAGUAAAGUAUUCCCAAAUUUUGAUGGAAACCCUGUAAAAAUAAAUUUCGAUUCAAAAAAUGAUCACAGAGUGAUUAUAAAAAAUAUAGCCUGUGGCUCAGAACAUUCACUAGCUGUUGAUUCAAAUGGAAAAUUAUGGGUUUGGGGUUGGGACGAACAUGGUAUGUGUGGUGUUGGAGAAAACUCCAGUCAAGUUGAAAAACAUAAAACCGAACAUGUUGGUGUUCCUUUUAUUUCUCAGCCAUACCUUUUAAAGCUGAAAAGUUUUGGUCGAGAUUAUAAAGUGAAACAUAUUGCCUGUGGAUACGGACAUUCUAUGGCUUAUGUGGAAUCGACAUAA